AUGUGUAGUGUCAUUCACUCAUGUUGCAUACUGGGGGUCUUGUUGCACAUAUUAUUCCUUAUAGAAUUUUCUUUGUCUUUUAGACAACAAAAUCACUUAUUGAAUUAUUCUAAAAAUUGUGAACAUGUUAAAACAUGUAAGCACAGAGGUUCUACCCAUAAUAUAUGCCGUAUACAAUCCAAUUUACAUUCAUUGAAUAAUGAAUCUACCGUGGGUCUUAAUUUAUUUAACAGGAAAAACAAGUCUAAAAAUAUCUACUUAAACAUAUGUAAUCUCAUAUCUGUCAAUCGCAAACCAGACCCAUUAUUUCUAAUACCAAUCCUUCUUAUACAUGAAAAGUCUACUAAUUUGUUCGAUCAUGUAACCAAUCCAAAAUCCAUAAGGGACUUAAGAAGAUCGCAUUUUAUGAACAAAAGAAGAUUCAAAUAUGGAUAUAGAGCUUGCCCAGUCAGAGGCGAAUUUUCACAUCAAGAACUAAUAAUAUCGGUCCCAUUAUCAGAACUUAAGAAAGUUGAGGCUUACGAUAUUAUUUGCAGUGAAAUAUUCAAGGAUUACAAUUUCCCACUCUAUGUAUUUAGUCUUGCGAAGGGUUUUAUGUACAGAGUGUACCAUGAAUAUGUUUGUCCCAGUCUCAAACAUUCUAUACAAAGAUGCACCGGAGUAAAUUGGGAUUAUAUAAAGGGGGAAGGUAUUUUUAGACAUUUGUCCUCUAUAGAACCCUUGUAUGAUAUUGAAUAUGAAAAAUUGAUUGGCGAUAUUGCACAAUCAACUAAAUUUACCAAGCUCGGUUUAGCAGGUUUACAUGAUUCAGAUGGAUCUAGCAUUGAUAUUGCUACAGAUUCGUUUAUAGAUGCAAAUGCAUCAGACAAUGAUAAUCCCACUACAUUACCUGUACCGGAUGUUGAAUCUUUCCAAAUACGUCUUGCCAGAUAUAUUAAAUCCAUCAAAGAUAUUGUAUUUGUUUACAAAAGCAUCCAGUUGCUAAAAGAGAUUUUGGCAAGAGAACCUACUAGAGAAGAACUCAGCUAUGCAUUCCAUGGUUACAAUGGCAAAAAUAAUGAAAGUGACAAUUGCGACAUAUGGAACGAAUACAUUGUGCACAAAAGGGAAGUAUAUAAUGGAUUCCAUAGAUUUCUUUUCAGGCAUAGUCAAUGCACUGCUGAAAACCGUUGGAACGCCCUAAAACACAGCUUUUUGGGCCGUGAAUAUAUCGAUGAAUGCCUGAGGAAGCGAUUACAUGAGGGCUGGAUUGAUAUGGAUCUAGAUAUGGUCGUUCCCAAUAUAGAACGGAUUAUUAUUGAUUCUUUGUGGAAAUCGCUCACCAACAUAACAAUACUUAGAUUAAAUGGGAUUAAUGGGGAUAUUGUGCAGUUUGUAACCAAUUAUUUGUAUCACACUGCCUAUAUACAAAUAUAUAAAUCACUAGGUGUUGACAUACAAAAGAUAGAACAUGCAAAUACUGCUAAAAGGUUGAUGGAUUCGUUUAGUUUCAAGCGUAAAAUGAUGGGGGAUGAUAACAAGGAUUCCUUUACUUUGUACAACGAGCUUAUGCAACAAGUGUCUAAUAAAAUGGGCAUCAGCGUGAACAAAAUACUUGAAUCAUUUGACUAUGUAAAUGAGCCUAUUUAUAAUCCAGAAGAUCCAAUUCCCAGGAAAUUGCGCUACGCAAACCCACAAUCAUAUCGAUUCUACGACGGAAUACGUACUUUUGGCCAAUUAUAUACUAGCCCCUCCAACGCAGAGGGUCUUUUUAAUGUGAAAAAUGAGCUACUAGUCCGUAGCAUGAGACUCUUGGCCAUAGAAGCUCUUACUGACCGUGUGGCUAGGUAUAUAUUCAUUGCUUCCAAUGGUUUGUUCAUUUCAGAGCCAAAAAUGACAACACCCGAAAUCGCUAAGACUCUGGGUAUGAAAGAAAAGGUUAUUGACUUUAUUAACUAUACGUCUUUCAUACGUUGCUCCAUUUACGAAUCUAUACGUAUUUCAAAGAAACUGCCUCCGUUCAUUAAAUUAUAUGAGAACUUAGAGAGGGACAUGCAUAUGCUCGAAUUGCCAUCCGACAGCUAUUACACUGACAUGACGAUCGCUGAAGCGAAAGAUGCUAGGAUGAAGGGAACACGAGAAUUUAUUGACAUGCCUAUUAUAUCACAAAUUAAGUACUACCGAGUUAACCGAAGGAGAAUAGUUGAUAAUCUCAAAAGGAGUCCACUGGUAUCCCUUUUAAACAAUGUAGAAUCGGUGGAGAGUGAGGAUUUUCAGCUUUAUCCUCUUGAUUUGUGA